GCUUACGCCCAUUUCCCUGCUUCUAGCAAUCUGACUAAUAGUAAUCCGAGCUAACAAGAAAGCUAGAAAGAGAGGAAUGAGAACAGAGAAUCUGACAGUAGCUAUGUCUGCAGCUCAAUGGAAGGUCCUGUCAAAAUCAUUUAUUCUCUGCUGUGCAGCUUCCACAGGGUUAAACUCAUCAAGUAAACUCAGGGUAGCAGGGAUGUCUGCUCAGAAUUUUAACUAAGAAAAGGAUGCAAGUCACUGGAUCAGCUACUGCAUAUUAGGAUCGAACUGCAGUGGGAUCUUCAGUGAACUGUUCUUGUUUCCUGAUGAUUAUAUGCAUCAUCGUGGAUGUGUUUGAGCUUGCAGGAAAGUUCAGUUUGCAAUGUCAAUGGAUAUCUCUCUAAAGGGGUCUGCUUUUAAAGAAGACAAAUACCAUUUACACUGUUGGAACCUGUUUUACUUCUGAUUCAGCCGAUUUCACAGGAAGAAUUAUCAUGAACAUCAUGAUCUCAACAGUCCUGGUUUAUCUACUUCUGAGUACCUCAGCAACAUGUACUACAUUUGAUACUAUACUGAUGAAAUCAUGUGAAAAUUUGUGUCUGUGUGAUGAAAAAGAUGGUUCCUUAUUUGUGAAUUGUGAAGAAAAAGGCAUCACACAAUUAUCAGAAAUCGAAGUACCACAGUCCCAAUACCUAGAGCUUAACCUAUUAAACAAUGAUUUGUAUAAAUUGCAUUUAAAUGAGUUUUUGGAAUUCAGCAAUUUAAUUUCUUUACACCUUGGAUUUAAUAACAUUGUGGAGAUUGAACCAGGCGCAUUUAAUGAUCUACGCAUGCUGAAGAAACUUCAUAUUAAUCACAACUCACUGGAGACACUCAGAGAAAAUACUUUUCUUGGACUUGAGAAUCUGGAAUUUCUCCAAGCAGAUAAUAACUUUAUUACUACUAUUGAAGCAAAUACAUUCAGCAAGCUUAACAGACUGAAAGUUCUUAUCCUAAAUGAUAAUGCCAUUACCUUUUUGCCAGCAAAUAUUUUUCGCUUUGUACCUUUGACUCAUUUGGACUUAAGGGGAAAUCAGCUACAAACUCUUUCUUAUGUUGGAUUCUUAGAGCACAUUGGCAGAAUAAUAGAACUUCAGUUGGAGGACAAUAAAUGGGUUUGUAACUGUGAAUUAUUACAACUAAAAAUCUGGCUGGAAAAUAUGCCUCAGCAGUCUUCAAUAGGUGAUGUUAUAUGCUAUAAUCCUCUAGAUCUUAAGGGUACUACUCUACGAAAAUUGAAGAAAGAGAUGUUCUGCAUUACAACUCCUAGUAGUGACCUAGAGGAACCCUCAGUACCUUUAUCACUGUUAGGUACAUCUUCCAUUAGUGAUGGUCAGAUACCAACAAAGUUAACCUUCCUUCCAAAGAUUCCAACUAAAGAGACCUAUGUAUUCCCAAAGGCUUCUACUGUAUCUCCUGGAAUGUACUGUCCUAUUCCAUGCCAUUGUUCUAACACUGGUUUCUCUGGUACUUUGAUUCAUUGUCAAGAACGGAAUAUUGAAAGUAUGUCUGACCUUGAACCACCUUCUGUAAAUCCAAGAAAGCUAAUUUUGGCAGGAAAUAUUAUUCACAGAAUUUAUAAAAAUGAUUUUACUGAAUAUGGAACAUUAGAAAUGCUUCAUUUAGGCAACAAUCAAAUUGAAAUAGUUGAAGAACUGUCUUUUGAGAAUUUGACUAAAUUACAGAAGAUGUACUUGAAUGGAAACCACCUGAGAAGUUUAAACCCUGGGAUAUUUAAGGGUCUGAUGGCCAUUGAGUACUUAUAUUUGGAAUACAAUGCUAUUAAGGAAAUUAUAACUGGAACUUUUUCCGUAAUGCCAAAAAUGAAAGCCCUCUACCUAAAUAAUAAUUUUCUAAAAACAUUACCAGAAAAUGUAUUUUUAGGAGUUCCAUUAACAAAACUUAAUCUUAAAUCUAACCAGUUUGUAAGCAUCCCCGUGAGUAAAGUUUUAGAAGAUCUGAAUUUGCUGACCCAAAUUGAAAUUCAAGACAAUCCAUGGAAUUGUACAUGCAGUUUACUCGGAUUAAAAAAAUGGAUCCAAAACCAUAAACUACUUGUUGUCAGUGAGAUUUUAUGCCAUUCUCCUAGAGAGCUGGCAAAAAUUGAAUUGAAAUCUCUUGACAAAGAAGAUUUGUGUCCUGAAUUAUUAAAUAGUCCAGUGUUCCCUACUCAAAGUUACAAUAACCUUACUCCACCUUUCACAGCUGCAAAUCAAGUUGAUACUAUAUUAAAAUCGCUAUCAGAUUACAUACCCCUUUCCGUGUUAAUCCUUGGUCUUCUAAUUCUUUUAAUAACAGUUGUACUUUGCUCUGCUGGAAUAAUCGUUCUCGUGUUGCAUAGGAGGCAACGCUACAGGAAGAAACAGGAAAAUGGACAAAUAAGAGAAGCCAGCCCUGUUCACAUUCAGUACAGUAUGUAUGGCCAUAAAACAACUCACCACACCACAGAAAGACCAGCAUCAACUAUUUCUGAACAAAGAAUAGUAAAUCCAGUUGUUCAGGUGUAUCAAACGCCUCCAUUCACACCAAAACAUUUAGAAAAAGAGGAAGAUAUAGAACUUAAUGAUCCAAAGAGAAUUUGCAGAGGACUUUUAGAAAGGGAAAAUAAUUCACAGCAAGGAGAUUCAAAUGUAAAAUUAAGAGCAAGUGAUCCAACGGCAGAAUUUUUAUCCUUCCAAGAUGCAAGUUACCUUUAUAGAAACUUGAUUGAAAAAGAAAGAGAAAUCCAACAACUUGGAAUUGCUGAAUAUUUAAGAAAAAGCAUGGCACAUUUGCAACCAGAUAUUGAGGUACAUUAUCCAAGGACCCGGGAGGAAGUAAAAUUAAUGGAAACAAUUAUGUAUACCAGACCAAGGAAGGUUUUAGUUGAACAAACCAAAAAUGAAUAUUUUGAACUUAAAGCUAAUCUCCAUGCAGAACCUGACUACUUAGAAGUUUUAGAACAGCAAACAUGAACUUCAGUCAAUAUUAACACUUA